CUCAAGGCCUUCCAGCAGUUUCCACUAUAUAAGGCGCCGCACGCCUGCCUCAGAUCACAUCGCCCUGUUCCGUCUUACCAAUCCUGCAGAGAUGAAGUACUUGGUGUUUGUGCUCCUGGUGGCUGCCGCUUGCGCUUCUGAGGUGGAGAAGCGAGAGGCGGAGCCAAGUCGUGCCUACACCUAUGGCUACGGUCUCCACCACCACGCCUACUACCCCCGUUCUUACUACCACCCUUACCACCACUACCACAAGAGGUCCGCUGAGCCUGAAGCCGAAGCUGAGCCUUCUUACGGUUCCUACCACUACCGAGGCUACUACCGUCCCUAUUCCUACGGAUACCAACCACAUCACUACACUCCUUACGUCCACCACCACCACAAGAGGUCCGCUGACCCCGUUGCUGAGGCUGAACCCAGCUAUGGAUACGGAUACAAGACCUACCACCCACGCCCCUACCACUCCUACCACGCCUAUCCUUCUUACGGCCACACCCACUACGGCUACCACUGAGGCACCAGGAGAAUGAUAACUUAAUCCCUUUCAUUCAUGGGCUUUACUAACAAAGCGAAACUUCUUUAGCAGAAAAUAAACAUUAUUUUUUAUACAAGACCUCUAUCAUUAAACGCCAUAGUACUA